AUGGGAUGUUUUUCUUCUAAUUUAAGUGAAAAUAACGAUUCUAUUGAUUUACAAAGCAUACAAACAGAAUUUCGAUUCAAUGAUGGUAGAAGAUAUCAUAACGCAGAAAAUGCUGUAUACCAAUUACCGAACGAUGAAUAUGAAACAGAUAGGCUACAUAUACAACAUUUCUUACUAAGAUACCUCUUGCAAAGCAAUUUUUCUGCUCCUAUCGAACAUAUUUUGUCUGAACCAGGUGCCAAAGUCCUAGAUGUGGGGUAUCCGUUAACUAAGGUUAUUGGAAUAGAUAUAUCUCCACAUCAGCCAUCUCAGAUAAAACCUAAAAAUUUUGAGUUCAUUAAAGCAAAUGUUCUAGAAAGAUUACCAUUUGAUGAUAAUACUUUUGAUUUUGUAUUUCAACGGCUUAUGAACAUUGGAUACACUAAAGAGAAAUGGCCAGAAGUAAUAAAUGAGCUUGUCAGAGUUUUAAAACCAGGUGGAUUCUUAGAAUUAUGUGAACCUUCAUUUCCAUUUGAUGAAGGACCAGCUACUCAACGUAUAUGGAAUUAUGCUGGUGCAGCUGAAAUAUUAAAAGAACAAAGCAGUGAUUUGAAUGCAUACCAAAAAUUAGAUCAAUUUUUACAAAACCAAGGUCAAUUAGAAAAUAUUAAAAAAGAAGUAAAAAAGGUCUAUUAUGGUAUAAAACACAACAAUAUUGAGCUUAGUAAAGCGAUUAUCGAUAACAUAGUUUCUGUGGCAAAUUCUUUUAAACCUGUUUUAACAAAAAAACUGCAAAUUUCUAAUGAAAAAUUUGAUGAGUUGGUCAAAAUAUCAGAAAAAGAAUUAACUGAACAUGAUGCUUAUUAUUAUUGG